AUGGGUCUUUUGAGAUCCGAGAGCUUGUUUCUGCCUCACCGUGUUUGGAAAGUGAAAUUCAUUGGUGAAAGUGUGGAUGACUGUGGAGGAGGAUACUCAGAGUCAAUCGCUGAAAUGUGCGAGGAGUUGCAGAACGGCUCGUUGCCCCUAUUGAUUCCAACCCCUGAUAGCCGCGAUGAUCUGGACGGCGUACAGAGGUCUUACUUGUUGAAUCCUUCUGCCCGAUCGCAAGUUCAUAUCGAGAUGUUCAAAUUUCUUGGAAUUCUGAUUGGCGUGGCCAUACGAACUGGAAGUCCUCUAGCCCUAAACCUAGCAGAACCUGUUUGGAAGCAACUUUCAGGGGAGUGUCUAUCCUUUGAAGAUAUAAUGGGAGUGGACAGGGGUUUUCUCCCUAAACUUAACUACAUCCGUGAGCUAGAUCUCAAUGAAGAAGGAUUAGAUAUGCCUUUUACUAUUUUAUCAAGUGAUAACGUCGAGAAACAGUUGGUAGAAAAUUAUAGCAAAAUAUCAUGUGAAAACAGAGGAGAAUACCUCAAACUCGCACUUAAGUAUCGACUAUACGAAUUCGACCAGCAGAUAGCUGCCGUAAGAGAGGGCAUGGCGAAGGUCGUUCCAGUGCCUCUCUUGAUAUUUUUCUCCAGUUUCGAGCUCGAAACGAUGGUCUGUGGCAGCCCUCAAAUCCCCGUAGACUCCUUGAAAGCCAUAACAUCUUACAAAAAUGUUGACGUCAACGAGCCCCUCGUCCGCUGGUUUUGGGACGUUCUAGAAGAUUUCACGAGUCUUGAAAGAUCGCUCUUUCUGCGAUUUGUCUGGGGGAGAGCCAGGCUACCGAGAACAGCGGCGGACUUUCGUGGAAGAGAUUUUGUUUUUCAGGUACUGGACAAGUUUUCUCCCCCAAACAUGUAUCUACCAGAAUCCUACACAUGUUUCUUCAUGCUGAAAAUGCCGCGAUACACGAGCAGGUUGAUUUUGCGAGAAAAGCUCAAGUACGCCAUUCAUUUUUGUAAAUCGAUCGACUCAGACGAAUAUGCCCGUGUGGACCUAACAGGAGAUCACGCCGAGGCCUAG